CGAUUAUACAUAACUCUAAUAUACAAAUUAAAUACAAAUUUUAAAAAUAUAAAUACAUAUUUUGUAUGUGAGUAUACUAAAAUUUUAGUUAUUUCGCCAAAAAUUUUCUUUCUACUGACAACCAGUUUUUUUUAUCGAGGACAUUUACAAGAAAGUGAGGUUUGAGAAACACUGAUUUAUUCUAUACCUUGCUAUAUACCAAUAUACUUUCCUCUUCUUUCUGAUAAAAGCACUUUCGUGGUGUUAAUAAAAGCUAUUGUAUUGUAUAUAAUAUAUAGUUGAGUUACAUCAAAUUAUGUACAAGCAGUUCAGUCAGUAAAUUAAUUUUUAUAUUUUCGAAGGAAUACAAAGGAAUGAAUGGAACAUUUCGUCUAGUAUCUCCUUUGAUUUGACUGUUGUGAACAUGUGGAAAACAACAGUGUGUAACAAUACUGAAGAGGUUGUUAGAAGUUCUAUUGAAAAGUACAAAACUCUAAUGGAAGUUAUGUAAAUUAUUAAAGAAUAUGACACUUAUUUAAAAACCAUAUUUCGAGUGUCUUUUUUUGCUGAUAGAAGCACCGUUUUGACAUAAAUAGGUUGAUUAGUACCUCAAGAGUGAACCGACGUCGCAAUGAUAGAAUCUUCGACAUGGAACUCAAAGAAAGACGAGACCAUAUACAAAGCAGCCGGUUCAAUACAUUUACGAAAAUAUGGACAGUUCCUUGAGAAAUUAUCAGAAAAAACCUGGAGGAAAGAUUCUACGUUUGAAUAUUUUAUAGAAGGUCCCCUUCGACUUGUUUACAAACCUGUUGAAGAUGUUAGUCCUAUAUAUCUAAUAAAAAUUGAAAAUAAAUAUUUAUUAAAAGUACUUGCCGCUGUUGUUGGUAUGUGCAGAGAAAUUAAACUUCUUGAACUAGAAGCUAAAACUUUCUAUAAAAAGCUGUUUGCACAUGGAGAAAGAGACAUUGAGAAUAAUCAAAACAAUAUUACAUCUCUUCUUUCUGAUUUACAAGACCUAUUUGUUUAUGUGAAUAGAGUAUGGACUGUUGCACAUUUGACAACUGAACAAUUAUCAAGUUUAUCAGGUCAUUCUAACGAGGUUUAUUUGCCUGUAUUAAUAGAACACUACAUCGAUUUAUUUGUAAUUGUUCUAACAUUGGAUGAAAUUAUCGAAUCUCAACCAUCUCUGUUGGAACAAUGGAAGAAGUACAGAAUACAUGUGCGUUCUAUUAUGCAUAAUCCAUCUCAGUUUGGUAUAAUGGAAUCAAAACUCCAUACAUUCGAUAAAUUGUUAAAGGACUUACAAGAACAUUUAUUAAAGAAAGUCAUAUUUUCUAGAACCAUUGAACAUGUAAUGGAUAUAAAUAAAGGUCCCAUGAUGAAUGAGCAGAUUACUAGUUAUCUCAAAAAUAUAAUGUUAGAUGUAGAAAAUAAGUCCAACAACGUUAUAACUUCAAAUAAAAAUUGGAUCAGAGUAAACAUUGGUGUUGUUGUCGCAAUGAAAUUAUUCGGUACCUGCGAUAAAAGAUUACUUAAAAGAGUAAUUGAAAAUAAUAAAAAGUUUUAUGCUGUUACUUUAACUGGAAGCGUUAUAUGGAUACCCAGCAAAUUUUUGUGUGAGUUUCUGCAGAAAGAAGCUGGUAAUAGUGCUGUUACUCCCCAAAUAGGAGACAAGAUAUUGUGCUUAAGGAUACAGAAAUUAUCUCAGACUGUAAACAAUUUAAUUCAUAAAGCUGUGACAUGGUGCAUCGAAAUGCCACAUAUUCUGAUGAAAACACAUCUUCAAGUUUCAGAUAUUGGACAGAAACAAUCUUUACUUGUAGAUUUAGUUAUUUUGUUAUCACAAAUUAAAGAAACUAUAUCUUUUAUAAUGAAUAUGCAUGCUGCACUUAUUAAACCAAUGAAUCGCAACACUGUUCAGUUAAUCUGUAGGCUAAUAGAAGUACAAAAAUCUUUACAAAAUACAUUUUAUAUAUUAGGACCACUUAUAGUGCAAUCACAAAGUCAGGUGUUACAAUAUCUGAGUUACUACAUUUUAGUUGCAUUAGAAAAUGCACGGAAAGGUUUGAUACAAAAAGAUAAAGGUUACAGCAAAGAAAGAUUAGAUACAUUAUCGCUAAUAGGUUUGAGUAUGAAGAUGUUAAAUGGACCAGCAAGUGCAGAUAGAAGACUAAUAAUCAGAUGUGCUGUAGCAUGUGCUAGUCAAUUAACAGAUACAUUCAAAGAAGAAGAUAUGGUGAAAUUAAGAUUUUUGUUAGAUAACUAUGACACCAUUGCUGAAUUACAUAGUAUUGUUUCUGAAAUCUGUGAUUAUUCUAUAUUGCUGCAUCACCAAAAUAUAAUUCCAGCUUACUUCUCUUUUGUAACAGAUAGUAAUUUGAAUAUAAAUCACAUUGUUCAUCUGUUUAGUGCAUUUAACAGUACCAUUAGUGAACAAGAAGGAUUAGAUUUGAAGGAGAAAAGAAUUGUGCUAUUGAAAGAAAUGUUAACCAAAACCAUAUUGGAACCUGUUUGCCGUGAGAUUGAAACAGACUUGAGACUUCAUGUUCAUGCACAUUUAAAAUUGGAUUCUACUAAUCCAUUUACUAUUGGAGUAAAAGAUGGUGGAAGAGUAAUACAAUCUCUGCCAUUACCUCUAGCUAACAAUAUGAUAUAUGCAAAGAGAUUUAUUGAACAUUAUCUCGAUGAUAUGUUUUAUAAUCUUACUACAGUGAAACUACAUGACUGGAGAACAUACAGAAUGAUGCAUGCUCUUGCUCAUUAUAAACUGAAUCUUGAUACUGUACAAAAUCAUUUACCUACACAAACUUUGGAACAAGGCUUAGAUGCCUUAGAGAUUAUGAGAAACAUUCAUGUAUUUGUUUCAAAAUAUUUGUAUAAUCUAAACACGCAAACUUUUAUUGAACAUGUUAGCAAUAAUAAACAUUUGAAUACCAUUGGAAUUAGGCAUAUAGCAAAUUCAAUUAGGACACAUGGAACUGGUAUUAUGAGUACAACAGUUAAUUUCGUAUAUCAAUUUCUUCGUGUAAAGCUGCAUACAUUUUCGCAAUUCCUUUUUGAUGAGCAUAUAAAAUCAAGAUUAAUGCGAGAUAUAAGGUUUAUUAAAGCUCAAAGAGAAAAUGGUGCAACACCUUACACGUAUGAAAGGGCAGAAAAAUUUCAAAAAGGAAUUAGAAACUUGGGUAUGACAUCCGAUGAUUUAAGUUAUUUAGAUCAAUUUCGGCAAUUAAUAACUCAGAUUGGAAAUGCGUUAGGAUAUGUACGGUUAAUCAGAUCUGGUGGACUACAUGCGAGUUCGAAUGCCAUUUCGUUUUUGCCAAAUAUCGACUCGUCUGUAUCAUUUGAAUUGUUGUGCAAAAAUUUAAAUUACAGUGCAAUAACUCAAGCUGCAGCAAGAUGCUUGGAGGAUGAUAUUGCAAAUUUGGUGCGAAAUUUUACAGAGGGUAUACAAUAUUUCAAACUUCUCGUCGAUGUAUUUGCUUCUGCUUUUCGAGAUGCGGAAUCGCAUCAUUUGCAACAAUUUUAUGCUAUUGUACCUCCGUUAACAUUAAGCUUUGUUGAUAACUCGAUAUCAAAUAAAGAGAAAAUGUUUAAAAAGAACCAAAUAGGUGCAGCUUUUACCGAUGAUGGUUUUGCAAUGGGAAUUGCAUAUAUAAAUGCUCUGUUAGAUCAGUCAUCAGAACUAGAUGGUUUACAUUGGUUUAAAACAGUUGAACAACAUAUAAAUGCUGAAAAACAAGCUGCAGAAAGUAAAAGUGAUCACGGAGAUGAAAAAUUGCAACAAACAAGAGCAUUAACGCUAAAACGCUUAAAGGAAAGGAGUGCUGAAUUUCAGUUACUCUAUUACAGUUUGUCUGGGGCCAGAGUAUUUUUUAAACAAUCCGAUACAUAAUACUUUAAAAUGAGAAAUACUGUAAGUUUAAUAAAAUGCAUCAUUGGAUUGCUGAUCAAUCUUAAAUUUAAUUUUGUUUGAUAAUUUACACUAUUACGAUUUAAAGACCACGAAAUUGUACAUUAUACUAUACAAUUGUAUGUCUAAUAGAAACAGCUUUAAAACAUUUCAUAUAUUAUAAAUUUUAUUUUAUUUUCAUAAUCCUUUUGUAACUUUAUUAUACAUUACCACAAAGAAAAUAAAGAUAUAGGUUUGUAUGUUAAAGAAGGUCUGAUUUAUCAAAGGAUCACUAAAAACUGUGUAGUUUGUUUUUAUAUCAGUAUAUUUGAGCUUAGUAUUUCUUUAAUUUAUUUUUAUGCCUGUGGCACAUAUCACUGAAUUUGCAAACAGUAACUAUGCUCAUUUAUAUAAAUGUUUUCUAAACCAACAAUAUUACAAUGCUUGAUAUUUACUUUUAAAUAAGUAAUGGCUAGACGAACUGACUAGAAUUAAUUGCACUUACAACUAUAGCUAUAAAUAACUGAGUAUUUUAGAAAAUGUACUUAUACAUAUAACUCAUUACCGCAACGGGAAUAUAAAACGAA